AGUCAGACGUCAUCCUCGUACACGGCACCUUCUGACCUCAGCUUCAGAGGCGAUCCCCAGGGGCCUCCGAGUACCUGAACGGCAACAUGGCGUACCAGCACAAGCUGGCCGAGAAGCUGACCGUGCUCAACGACAGGGGCCGAGGGGUACUGGUGCGAAUGAACCACAUCAAGAAGACAUGUGCAGACCCCAAGCUCAGACCCUCCUAUCUGACAGACAAGGCCAUGGAGCCUGCGAUAAAGUACAUCAACAAAAAAUUCCCCAACAUCGACUUCAAGGGAUCCUGCCAACAGCUGAGCACCGUUCAGAAGCAGAAGUCGGCCGUGCUGGAGGGGCUGAGGAGCUACUAUGAGUCCUUCCUUGAUGUCAAGGAGUUCAGGGAAGAGGUGUAUGAAUUGCUGAAUACAAUAGAUGCUUGCCAGUGCUUCUUCAAUAUUACUGUCAAUUUUGACUUCACAAAGAACUAUCUGGACCUGGUAGUGACCUAUGCCUCAGUCAUUCUCAUUCUUUCUCGCAUUGAUGACAAGAAGGCCCUAGUGGGCAUGUACAACUGUGCCCAUGAGAUGUCCAAUGGAAACAGCGAUCCUGCCUACCCUCGCCUUGGGCAGAUGCUUGUGGAGUACGAUCACCCAAUGAAAAAACUCACUGAGGAGUUUGGCCCUCACACCAAGGCGGUGACAGAGUCGCUGCUCUCGCUGCAGCUGGUGUACCCGCGCAGGAACCUGCAGGCGGAGCAGUGGCGCGGUGCCCAGCUCCUCAGCCUCCUCAGCAGCCCCGGCAACAUGCUCGCCCCUGCCUCCUGCGACACGAUGGCCUGUGAGUAUCUGUCCUUAGAAGUAAUGGAGCGCUGGAUCAUCUUGGGCUUCCUGCUGUGCCACAGCAGUCUGAGCACAAACCAGGCCUCCCAGGAGCUGUGGAAGAUGGCACUACGCAGCGGCCUGUACCUCACCCUCAUCAGGGAUGAGAUCAUCAACAUCCACAAGUUCUCUGAGGACUACUUUGAUGGCAUGAAAGGAUACAGCAAGAGGGUGGCAGAUAUCAAAGAGUGCCGGGAGAAUGCCAUAGCCAACUGCGGAGGCAUACACAGGGAGAAGAGACUCUUUCUGAGGAAUGCACUAAAGGAACUCUAUAAAGUGCUGGAGGAUGAGCCCAGACUGCUGGGUCCAAAGGCACUGUUUGUAUUCAUGGCCCUGUCAUUCUCCCGUGACGAAGUCCUCUGGCUGGUUAGGCACAGUGAGAACGUUCCAAAAACCAAGACCCCCGAAGACUACGUGGACCCGCAUAUGGCAGAGCUGCUCUUCUACAUGGAGAGACUGCAGACUCUAUUCCAUCAACACAAGGGGAUGAUAGAUCGUUACCAUCUUCUCUACCUGUCCCAGUUUGAUGCACUGGUGAUCAAUGACACUGCUCAGAGUCUGGCUGUCUGUCCUGAGGAGGAAUCCGUGCUGAUGUCAUCGUUUGUGACUGCCCUGUCAGCGCUCAAUAUCAAGCAAGUGCAGAAUGGAGAGGCAUUUGAUUUCAGAGCCCUCAGACUGGACUGGCUGCGCUUACAGGCGUACACCAGCGUGGCCAAAGCCCCUCUGUCUCUGAAAGAGUACCCGGACUUGGCCAAGAUCAUGAACCUGGCGCAGUUCCACACCAGGAUGAUAGACAACGUGGACGGCCUCUUGCAGGAGACGGCCGAGCUCUCCAUCCUCUGCUUCUACCCGCGGGUGUUUGAGAAGAUGUUCUUCCAGAGCAGUGAGGAUGUGACCAUGCAGAGGUACCUCAUGGCCUUCCCUCUGCUCUGCUCCCACUUUAACGAGGGUGGGCACCCCAUGUGCCCAGAGGAGACGGAGGCGACCGAGAAGAGGAGCCUGAAACUGUCCGUGACCUUCCUGGAGGAGAUCGCCAAGCAGACCUGCGCGGUCGUCCUGGAGAUCUGUGCCGAGCAGUGCAACCUCAACGACCAGCUUUUGCCAAAGCACUGUGGUGAAACCAUCAGCAGGGCCCGUAAUAAGAAGCUGAAGAAGCCCAUGCCCAAGAAGGGGGAGAUACAGAAAGACAAGCCAGGGACUGAGAGCCAGAGGAAGGACAGAGGCAUCGUGACCAAUAUGGAUAAGAUGCAUCUGACCUUAUCAGAGCUCUGCACGGCCUUCGCCCACUACCCUGACUUCACCGUCUUCAACCACUCCAUCAUCCCUGCCGAGUUCCUGAUCUCCCAGUUUGAGAUCCGACUCACCAAGAUCAUCGUGCAGAUGGCCAAUUACAACCAGACCACCCAGGAGAUCUCGCGGCCUUCCGACCUGCUGGCCGGUGUGCAGGCCUACACCACCAGCCUGCAGACGCUGAACCGCUACGUCAACAUGGACGUGGCGCGGCUGGUCCGGAAUGUCCUCCUACAGCAGACCCAGCCACUGGACUCGCGCGGGAACAGGACCAUCACCACGCUUUACACCAACUGGUACUUGGAGAGCCUUCUACGGCAAGCCAGCAGUGCUGUCAUUCGGCACUGCCCCACAUUGCACUGCUUUGUCAACCAGACCACGGAGGCUGAGCAAAGCUUCCGUGCUGAAGAGUUCUCUGACAUCUGCGAACUGCAAGCGCUGGCGCAACUCCUGGGGCCCUACGGGCUGAAGUUUCUCAGCGAAAACCUGAUGUGGCACAUCACCUCACAAGUGGCAGAACUCAAGAAACUUGUCGUGGAGAACAUGGAUACCCUCGUACAGAUGAGAGCUAAAUUUGACAAGCCUGAAGAGAUGUCCUCUCUUCAGAAGAAACUCACAGGAUGUGAAAAUGUCCUGAAGAGGAUGACCAUCAUCGGAGUUAUUCUGUCUUUCAGAGCCAUGGCACAGGAUUCGCUGGGGGAUGUCAUGCACAUGCGUUGCCCUUUUCUCAUGGGGUCAAUCGAAUCUCUCCGGACCUUUGUCUCCCCUGACACUGACAUCAAGGACACACUCAGUGUGUAUGAACUGGCGUCUGCAGCUGGCUUGCGGUGUAGUAUCGACCCCACCUUGGUCGCCGCUAUAGCUGGCAUGCGAACAGAUAACUCAUCCAAGGAAGACGAAUGCAAGCUUGCAAGUCUGUUGCUGAUCUUCAUUGCAGUGUCACUGCCUACCUUGGCUCUCGAUGUGAACUCAUUCUACAGCAGAGAGUACGGAGGGCAUCAAAACAACAUCCACUGCCUGGCCCUGGGCAUCAACCAUCUGUCUGCCGCCAUGUUCACCACCCAGAACGAGAACAUUCAGCAGCACCUGAAAGAGUUUCUCCUGGUGGCAUCUUCCACUCUCCUCCAUCUGGGUCAGAGUGUAGAGAAGGCAGAGGUCAAAAACAGAGAUUCUAUUUACAUUCUCUUACACCUGAUAGUGCAGAAUUCUCCAUUCCUUACUCAGGACAUGCUUGAGAGCUGCUUUCCCUACGUCCUCCUACGGAAUGCCUACAGAGAGGUCUACAAGACCUUCAUUCACACCCUAGGCUGAUCCACUCCACAGCCCAGUCACCAGCUCAGCGUGAACACACCUGAUGUUUGGCUAUGACACAUGCAGAACAGGUGGGGUGGGCAGGGUGGGGUCUGAAGAAUUCAAAUGACCUCAAUUCCCACUCCCCUGGAAUGUACUGUACCAAAAUAAACAACAAACAAACAAGAUAUCCUUUUUUUCCAUGCUUCAUUCAAGACUGAUGCAAUUAAGUUUAGCGGAUUUUAAGUUUUGCUUGUUUUUCAGUGUUUUGCACUUGUUGCGUAUGUUAGAUUUAGGUGGAUUUCAUAUAUCAGACUACAAUGUAGCUACAUCUCAACAACCCCCAUUCCUAGUUUGCAUAUCAACAUGCCAGAGCCAUCAAGGUGGCUCCUGGCCUUUUGUCUAUGUUGAGGAGCCAUCAGACAUGGUUCCUGGCUUUUGUGUGUCUUGGAGCCAGAGACAUUAGGUGGCUUUUGUCUACAGCCACGACAAGAUGGCUGAAGCCAAAGGGUUUUAGCAUCCAUAUGGCCCUACCUGGCCAUAGGCCUGUUCAAGCUAGACAUCCCCUUUUGACCUCCAGACACACCCAUCCCUUCCCCUUACCCCUUCUUGUUAAUUCUACACUAUAAAUGUUUGUACAUCUCUGUAAUGUAUGGAAGAAGACCUUCUCGAAUCCAGAUGACCGCUUUCCUGGCAGCAGAUGUGCCUCGUGCAUGCUCUUGCUGUGUCGAGGUGACCGUGGCUAGUGGCUGAAUAAACACAUUCUUCCACAACUAUAUAUAUUAUAACCAUAUAGGCAUAUGCAUGUCUACAAUGCAGUAUAGUUGUUCAAGUUUAAGCUCACGUGAGGUAUUUUACCCUUAUGUCUUGAAACUGAUUGUGUAUGGAUAUCUUAAAUAAAAUGUACUACUAAAAA